AUGAAGAGACGGCGGGGGGGGGGGGAAACAUCCCACCACUGGCAUCCCAAGAUCCCAACACUGGCAUCCCAUCAUCCCACCACUGGCAUCCCACCAUCCCACCACUGGUAUCCCAUCAUCCCACCACUGGCAUCCUACCAUCCCACCACUGGCAUCCCAUCAUCCCACCACUGGCAUCCCAUCAUCCCACCACUGGCAUCCCAUCAUCCCACCACUGGCAUCCCAUCAUCCCACCACUGGCAUCCCAUCAUCCCAUCAUCCCACCACUGGCAUCCCAUCAUCGGCAUCCCAUCAUCCCACCACUGGCAUCCCACCACUGGCAUCCCAACACUGGCAUCCCACCACUGGAAUCCCACCACUGGCAUCCCAUCAUCCCACCACUGGCAUCCCAUCAUCCCACCAAUGGCAUCCCACCAUCCCACCACUGGCAUCCCACCAUCCCACUACUGGCAUCCCACUAUCCCACCACUGGCAUCCCAUCAUCCCACCACUGGCAUCCCAUCAUCCCACCACUGGCAUCCCACCACUGGCAUCCCACCACUGGCAUCCCACCACUGGCAUCCCAUCAUCCCACCACUGGCAUCCCAUCAUCCCACCAAUGGCAUCCCACCAUCCCACCACUGGCAUCCCACCAUCCCACUACUGGCAUCCCACUAUCCUACCACUGGCAUCCCAUCAUCCCACCACUGGCAUCCCAUCAUCCCACCACUGGCAUCCCACCACUGGCAUCCCAUCAUCCCACCACUGGCAUCCCAUCAUCCCACCACUGGCAUCCCAUCAUCCCACCACUGGCAUCCCAUCAUCCCACCACUGGCAUCCCAUCAUCCCACCACUGGCAUCCCAUCAUCCCACCACUGGCAUCCCAUCAUCCCACCACUGGCAUCCCACCAUCCCACCACUGGCAUCCCAGCACUGGCAUCCCACCACUGGCAUCCCAUCAUCCCACCACUAGCAUCCCACCACUGGCAUCCCAAGAUCCCAACACUGGCAUCCCAUCAUCCCACCACUGGCAUCCCACCAUCCCACCACUGGUAUCCCAUCAUCCCACCACUGGCAUCCUACCAUCCCACCACUGGCAUCCCAUCAUCCCACCACUGGCAUCCCAUCAUCCCACCACUGGCAUCCCAUCAUCCCACCACUGGCAUCCCAUCAUCCCACCACUGGCAUCCCAUCAUCCCAUCAUCCCACCACUGGCAUCCCAUCACCACUGGCAUCCCAUCAUCCCACCACUGGCAUCCCACCACUGGCAUCCCAACACUGGCAUCCCACCACUGGCAUCCCACCACUGGCAUCCCAUCAUCCCACCACUGGCAUCCCAUCAUCCCACCAAUGGCAUCCCACCAUCCCACCACUGGCAUCCCACCAUCCCACUACUGGCAUCCCACUAUCCCACCACUGGCAUCCCAUCAUCCCACCACUGGCAUCCCAUCAUCCCACCACUGGCAUCCCACCACUGGCAUCCCAACACUGGCAUCCCACCACUGGCAUCCCACCACUGGCAUCCCAUCAUCCCACCACUGGCAUCCCAUCAUCCCACCAAUGGCAUCCCACCAUCCCACCACUGGCAUCCCACCAUCCCACUACUGGCAUCCCACUAUCCUACCACUGGCAUCCCAUCAUCCCACCACUGGCAUCCCAUCAUCCCACCACUGGCAUCCCACCACUGGCAUCCCAUCAUCCCACCACUGGCAUCCCAUCAUCCCACCACUGGCAUCCCAUCAUCCCACCACUGGCAUCCCAUCAUCCCACCACUGGCAUCCCACCAUCCCACCACUGGCAUCCCAUCAUCCCACCACUGGCAUCCCAUCAUCCCACCACUGGCAUCCCACCAUCCCACCACUGGCAUCCCACCAUCCCACCACUGGCAUCCCAUCAUCCCACCACUGGCAUCCCAUCAUCCCACCACUGGCAUCCCAUCAUCCCACCACUGGCAUCCCAUCAUCCCACCACUGGCAUCCCAUCAUCCCACCACUGGCAUCCCAUCAUCCCACCACUGGCAUCCCAUCAUCCCACCACUGGCAUCCCAUCAUCCCACCACUGGCAUCCCACCAUCCCACCACUGUGAACGAGGACAGACAUUAUCGGCAGAGUCAGGAGCCUCAUCGCAGAGUCAGGAGCCUCAUCGCAGAGUCAGGAGCCUCAUCGCAGAGUCAGGAGCCUCAUCCCAGAGUCAGGAGCCUCAUCCCAUAG